UCACUAUGAGCAAGACCGGAGUGCACUUAAACGGAAGGAAUGGGAGAGGAGAAACCAGGAAGUCCAGCAAGAUGAAGAUCUCUUUGCUUCAGGUUUUAACCUCUUUGGGGAGCCCUACAAGACAAAUAAAGGCGACGCCCUCGCAAACCGUGUCCAGAACACAUUGGGAAAUUAUGAUGAGAUGAAGGAUCUGUUAACCAACCACUCCAAUCAGAGCCACCUUGUAGGAAUCCCAAAGAAUUCUGUCCCACAGACACCCAUUGACAAAAAUGAACAGAACUUUUUCCCAGAACCAAGAAACCGGAUGAUCCCAUCUCAUCAGAUCAGUGGCAACUCAUCAACAUCAAUGCCUCCGCCUUCUUCAUUGUCAUCUAAUUCUACUUUGCUACACAGUCACCAGAGCAGCAGGAAGUCGAGGACAGACUGGUCACGCGGUGGUCACAACUCUAGUGGGGCCCAGCCAAGCCAAUCCAGUAGUCAACAGAGUCGGACAAAGCAUAGCUCUUCUCAUGAGCAGUCACAGGGCAGGUAUGAAGACCUCUAUAAUUGUCAGAGUGAGCAGCAUAAAAGUGGAGGAACCGAGGAAGCAAAUUCUAUGGCAGCAUCUUCACAUUCGAGGAGGCAUACACAUGCAAAGUCAGCACCUGGAGAACACACUUACAAAGAAAACAGUCAUUCAAAGUCACCCACAGAGCUUGAGUUUGCAGGCCACGGUCCUGGAUCUCCCCUUCCUUCUACUUCUCUGUUGACUGCGAACAAUGGUCUUUCGACUCAGAAUUUCCCACCAGGAAUUCACUGUAAAAACAGCAUGGUCCAGCAGAAGCCUACAGCAUAUGUCAGGCCUAUGGACGGUCAGGACCAGGUUCCCAAUGACUCACCUGAACUGAAACCCCCAAUAGAAAUUGAGAGUGGAUAUGGAAAUCAGUCCUUUGGAACACUGCUGGAAGGAAAAGUGAACACACCUAGUUCGAAGAACAAAGUACCAAAGCUCAACAUUCCUCCUGUUAGUGAA